AUGUCGCUCAAACUCACCCACCGUUGCUCUCUCACUCCCUCCGCCUCCGUCUCUCUCUCUCUCUGGCACCCGUUGCUCUCUUUCUCUCUCUCUGUCCCCUUCCGUCGCUCUCUCUCUAUCUCUCCUCCUCCCUUGCUUGAGCUCUCUCUCUCUCCGCCCCUUGCUCUCUUUCCCCGUCCCCCUCCCUUGCUCUCUCUUACUCCGCCUCCCCUGCUCUCUCUCUAUUCCCCCCUCCCUUGCUCUCUCUCUUUCUCCGCCUCCCUUGCUCGAGAUCUCUCUCUCUCUGUCCGCCUCCCUUGUUCUCUCUCUCUGUCCCCCUCCCCUGCUCUCUCUCUCUGUCCCCCUCCCUUGCUCUCUCUCUUUCUCCGCCUUCUUGGUCGAGCUCUCUCUCUCUCUCCGCCUCUAACGCUCUCUCUAUCUCUCCGCCUCCCUUGCUCUCUCACUCUGCCCCCAACCCUUACUCCCUCUAUCUCUCCGCCGCCCUUGCUCGAGCUCUCUAUCUCUCCGCCUCCCUUGCUCUCUCUCUAUCUCCGCCUCCAUUGCUCGAUCUCUCUCUCUCUUUCCUCCUCUGCCGCUCUCCCAAUCUCUCCGCCUCCCUUUCUCUCUCUAUCUGUCCCCCUCCCUUGCUCUCUCUCUCUGUCCGCCUCCCUUGCUCUCUCUCUCUGUCCCCCUCCAUUGCUCUGUCUCUUUCUCCGCCUUCUUGGUCGAGCUCUCUCUCUCUCGCCUCUGACGCUCUCUCUAUCUCUCCGCCUCCCUUGCUCUCUCACUCUGUCCCCCUCCCUUAAUCCCUCUCUCUCUACGCCUCCCUUGCUCUCUCUCUAUCUCCGCCUCCCUUGCUCUCUCUCUAUCUCCGCCUCCCUUGCUCGAGCUCUCUCUCUCUCCUCCUCUGCCCCUCUCCCUAUCUCCCCGCCUCCCUUGCUCGAGCUAUCCAUCUCUCCGCCUCCCUUGCGCUCUCUCUUUCUCCGCCCCCUUGCUCUCUCUCUAUCUCCGCCUCCCUUGCUCUCUCUCUCUCUGUCCGCCUCCCUUGCUCUCUCUCUCUGUCCCCCUCCAUUGCUCUGUCUCUUUCUCCGCCUUCUUGGUCGAGCUCUCUCUCUCUCUCUGCCUCUGACGCUCUCUCUAUCUCUCCGCCUCCCAUACUCUCUCUAUCUCUCCGCCUCCCUUGCUCGAGCUAUCCAUCUCUCCACCUCCCUUGCUCUCUCUCUAUCUCCGCCUCCAUUGCUCGAUCUAUCUCUCUCUCCUCCUCCGCCGCUCUCCCUAUCUCCCCGCCUCCCUUGCUCUCUCUCUCUCUGUCCCCCUCCCUUGCUCUCUCUCUCUGUCCCCCUCCAUUGCUCUGUCUCCUUCUCCGCCUUCUUGGUCGAGCUCUCUCUCUCUCCGCCUCUAACGCUCUCUCUAUCUCUCCGCCUCCCUUGCUCUCUCACUCUGCCCCCCUCCCUUACUCUCUCUAUCUCUCCGCCGCCCUUGCUCGAGCUCUCUAUCUCUCCGCCUGCCUUGCUCUCUCUCUAUCUCCGCCUCCAUUGCUUGAUCUCUCUCUCUCUCCUCCUCUGCCGCUCUCCCAAUCUCUCCGCCUCCCUUGCUUUCUCUCUCUGUCCCCCUCCCUUGCUCUCUCUCUCUGUCCGCCUCCCUUGCUCUCUCUCUCUCUGUCCCCCUCCAUUGCUCUGUCUCUUUCUCCGCCUUCUUGGUCGAGCUCUCUCUCUCUCCGCCUCUGACGCUCUCUCUAUCUCUCCGCCUCCCAUACUCUCUCUAUCUCUCCGCCUCCCUUGCUCUCUCUCUAUCUCCGCCUCCAUUGCUCGAUCUAUCUCUCUCUCCUCCUCCGCCGCUCUCCCUAUCUCUCAACCUCCCUUGCUCUCUCUCUCUGUCCCCCUCCCUUGCUCUCUCUCUCUCUGUCCCCCUCCAUUGCUCUGUCUCCUUCUCCGCCUUCUUGGUCGAGCUCUCUCUCUCUCCGCCUCUGACGCUCUCUCUAUCUCUCCGCCUCCCUUGCUCUCUCACUCUGCCCCCCUCCCUUACUCUCUCUAUCUCUCCGCCGCCCUUGCUCGAGCUCUCUAUCUCUCCGCCUCCCUUGCUCUCUCUCUAUCUCCGCCUCCAUUGCUCGAUCUCUCUCUCUCUCCUCCUCUGCCGCUCUCCCAAUCUCUCCGCCUCCCUUGCUUUCUCUCUCUGUCCCCCUCCUUGCUCUCUCUCUCUCUGUCCCCCUCCAUUGCUCUGUCUCUUUCUCCGCCUUCUUGGUCGAGCUCUCUCUCUCUCGGCCUCUGA